UCGUUUUCCGUCACCGUAAAUGUGCAAUUUUACACUCUUGCCGUUCUACAAAUCCCUUGGACCUUGGAGAAGGGCAGUUAAGUACAACAACGUUUUAGAGGGACUCAAAUCAAAAAUUUUGCACUCACCUCACAUUCUUAGCUUCAAUGGAUUCCUUGUUCGCAACCUAUGCUUCUUCAGACGAAGAAGAAGACCAACAAAAACCACAACCUUCUUCAAAACCUUCUCUUUCUCUCUUCUCUUCUCUUCCCAAACCCCAAUCUUCUGCAUCAUCAUCUUCUUCUUCUCUCUCUACUCCCAAAUCUUCCUCUCAAAUCGAAAAACAAGCCCCAAAUCAAGAAUCUUCAACCCUACCUCCAAAAUCUUCUGCUCUAUUCUCUUUCCUCCCACCUCCAAAAUCUGAAACAACCCCUAAUUUACCCCUUCCUACCCCUAAUAAUCCCAAAAGGGUUGUUCAAUUUCGACCUCCUGUUCCAAACCCACCUUCCAAUUUCGAUGAUGAUGAUGAUGAGGAUAAAGAAGAUGAAGAGGAAAGAGAGAGAAAGAAGCAAAGACAAUUGGGUCAAGAUGUUUCCGUUAAAUCCUUCCUUACAAGUAUGCCAACCCCUAAAAAUUCUGGGCAAAACUCGCUUGGUGCGCUGCCCGCUUCGUUGGGGUCGGGUCGUCGGUCUAUUGUCGAAACCGAGGGACCGACAUCGGUCCCGGGGAGUUCGGAGGUUAAUGGGGUGAAUUCUGAAGUGGGUUUUGAUCCUAAUGUUGGUAGUAAUCAGCAGAAUUUGGUGGGGGAGUCUUAUAAUUAUAGUUAUGAAGUGGGCGUUGCAGGGGAUCAAAGUCAAGGGUAUGCUAAUUAUGAUGCUUAUGGAGGUAGUUCAAGUGAUUAUAAUAGUGGUUAUCAGGGUUAUGAUAGCAGUAAUUGGUAUAAUGGUGCCUCAGCUGAGGAGAUGGCUUCGACAAUGCCGGUCAGUGGGGUUGAUAGCUUUGCUAGUUUGGGUGGGAGGAGAAGAAAGGAUCAACCACCAGCUGAAAUUAUUGAGGUGAAGCAGGAUGAAUUGAUGAAGAACCGCCCAACUGAGGAUAAAUCUAAGCUUACUGGAAUACCAUUUGGACCUUCUUAUCAGCCGGCUUCAACUAAGGGGAAACCAUCUAAGCAGCACAAACGAAAGCAUCAAAUUAGUGCUUUGUACUUUGAUAUGAAGCAAAAGGAAAUGGAACUUUCAGAACGGCGUGCUAAAGGGUUUCUCACUAAAGCGGAAACACAAGCAAAAUAUGGAUGGUGAAAUGGUCUUCUAGUAAGCUUGUAACUACCCUACCCGGUCAUGUUUAUCCUGGCGAUUAUACCAUAUUGUUCUUUUGUAAUUGCAAGUGCAUAUUGUGAAAGUUGAAAUCUUGAGAAGUAAAAUUUGAGCUUUCUGAUGACAUGAGAUCUUUCCAAUCUUGGGGACAUAUUACGAGUAUGUUCAGUUCCCAUACUGUAACAAUUCUUUACUGUGUACGUGCCUUUCAAAUUAUUUAUAUGAAGUUGUUAGGAAGCGGAACAUAUGGAGUUCCACUUUGAAUUCA